AUGGACGUGGCACAACGGAAUAUCGUUGGACGUGCGUUCCUAGGCAUUGUAGCAUAUUUGAUAGAAGACUUCCUAGAUGAUGAUGAUGACGAUGAAAAUCUAUGGGAGCACGUAACCGUUGAUAUCAACGAGUUUUGUGUAAUGGGUGACCCCUCAUUCCAGUGGCAUUUUAGGCUUACCAAGCCUGUAUUUGAGAUCUUAUUGCAAGAAAUUGGAAACCAUCUGGUGGACAACAUGCUGAUGGAAAGAGAGAGACGUCCUGUUGCUCACAUUUUACUUAUGGUGUUAGUACUGCGGGAUAUGAAAGAUACUUACAUUACAUGGCCAAAUGCAGAAGAACGUAACACCAUUAAAAGAAAUUGCCAACGCAUUUCAAACUUUCCAGGAAUUGUGGGAAUUAUGGAUGGCUCUCAUAUUUUUAUUAAAGCUCCAAAGGAGGAAAGAGCUGCAUACAGAAACUAUAAAUAUGGCUACUCUAUUAAAGUUCAGGCUGUUGUAGAUGACUCCUUACUAGUGAGGGAUGCAUACAUUGGAGAAGUCGUCAGUCUCCAUGAUGCCCGUGUUUUUAGGAGAAGCCCCUUGUGCCGCAGCAUUCUCCAAAGACAAGAUUUGUUUAGCAAUGGAGAACAUAUAAUUGCUGAUGCAGCUUAUAUGCUGCUGGACAGAGUCCUAGUUCCAUUUGUGAACAAUGGGCACCUGACUGUUCGUCAAAGGAACUACAACCGUAAAUUGUCCCAAGUCAGAGUUAGAGUGGAACAUACCUUUGGACGUAUUGAUUCCCUAUGGAGACGCAUGACCUAUUUGCCUAACACAAAUAUUGAUUAUGCAGUUGAUCAUAUAGCGGCAAGCAUAGUGUUACACAAUUUCAAUAUAAUUCACAAGCAGGCAUGGAAUAUUGUAAGUAAUUCUUGA